CUUCCGGUUAUAUGUCCUGUGAUUUUUAUGGCAUAGGGACAGUCGGGCAACAAAAUACAACAAACAUAUAUGAAGCCAUGCUUUCAACAGUAAAAUGAGUGUCCGUGGAUGUUGGGUGAUAUCAGUAGAUAGUGGGGAAGAUGGAAGAUCAACUGGAAAGACGUUGUUUUCGAGAAUAUUCCCGAGUGUAGAAAAGAGGGCCAAGCUGUGUGCUAAUAGUGACCAUUAUGUUCCUUUGCCAGAUACACAGGUUUUCCUGGAAGAUCUUCUCAAUGAGCUUGGGAUCCAAUUAACUAUUAAAAAGUUUAUUGGAUCAAGAGACAGCUGCAAGAAAGUUGACCAAAAGCCAGUCUUUGGAGUUCAUACCGCUGCUGGGGUCAUAUGGCCAGUAUUAGUAUUGGAGCAGGCUGGUUUGUUGUACUGUUGUGUGCCCCUUGUAGAAGUUGUUGGAUCUUCUUCCCAAGUUUCUUUGAUUCAAAUUCCAGGUAUUGCCGCUGGCUACAGUUUGCUUCUUGGAAUAGCUGAUUUUGUAGGCAAACCACAAGGAGAGGUCCUCAGUGAGACCUCCAGUGUGAUAGCAGACUUGUACCUGUACCUGAGUUGUGCAGCACCAUUUGGUACACCCCAAAAUGUACAGCCAGACAUUGUACGCACUACGCUACAGGCCAAAAACACCCCAGUGCCAAAAGAUAAGCAACCUGCGUGGAGGCCAGUUGCUUACAAAGGAAAACCCAACAUUUAUUUUGCAAUUACUGAGCAAAUAAAGGCAGUGCAAUAUGACAGCUCUAGUAUCAAAGAUGUGUGGGAUUUAUAUGGCACAGUCACAUGUAUGGCAGAGCUAGAGGGGAUCAAACCUGAAGUCAGCGUUCCUUUCACUUGGACAGAUAAUGGACAAAGUCCUACACUGAACAAGUUCCUUUUUCAUCAUUCUGUACAGUCAAGCACAAUAGGCGGGUCGGAAUGCAGGCUCGAGUUCUUCCCUCCCCCUGAAAUGUUUGUCUUGUGUCAGUAUACUGCUUCCGGGAUAGAUCUACCCAUAAAAGGCUUUUACCAGAUGAAGGGAGAUUUGUUUAAAGCUGAUUUGCUGCUGCAGCUAAAACUUAAAGAACAUGUCAAGAAUACAUUCCAGUACUGUUUUGUUCAACUUCCAUUUUAUAAUAGGGGAUUAAUAGUGAAUCAAGAUUGCACAGCCAGUCAUGGCAGUGUCAGUGUAUCACCCAGUGAUGGCAGGACACUAGUGUGGAAUGUAGGUCAGAAAUUUCCUAGCAAAACAUUGGAAGUGUCCCUGAAGGCAGCACUUCUAUUUGACAAGGCUGGUUCUAUUAGCAAGGGGUUGUAUGAUGAUCCUUUUUGCAUGGGCCAAAAUGCAUAUGCACAGGUUUAUUUCAAAAUGACAGAAUACACACAAACUGGUAGCAUGAUUGAACCAAAGACUGUGCAGGUCUCUCCUGCAGCUAAAGUGAAGGUUACUGUAGUGCGUGAGUACUUGGCAUCUGACUACAAGAUAUGGAAUUCGCACGGAGAUGCUCAAAUGACAUUUGCUCCUACUUUACCAAGCUGACAGACACCCACAGACUGAAGUAAAUGAUUUAAAUGUGUUGAAUGCUUGACAAUCACUGUC